CUUAAGAUUCCCAUGACUGACUCUGAACAGAUGACACAACCUUUGCCGGAUCGACCUUUGGAAGAUGAGUCUAUUGAUCUUCAAGCAGAGGAGUGUAGCCCAGCGAGACUUACCAAAACCAAGGGGUCAGAGUUUAAGAGGGAGGGCAAUGAUGGUUGUAAUGUUAGGCCCAAGCGUUCUGGGAAAAAGCCUGCUUACUUAAAAGAUUUUGUUCUUCUUUCAGGAGCAAUGACUCGAAGACGAAGUGAAUCUAGGACAGUGGGAGGAGAGAUGGUUCUACAAGGUAUUCUGACUCGAGGGCUAAGGACACCUCCUCAAGGACCAAGUCUGAAGAGAGGAAAGACACCCACUCUAAGACCAAGGCUAUGGAGAAGAGAGAUUCUGCCUCCUACAAACCUGAUGAGAGGAGAGAUGGCCCCUCCAAAUCCAAGCCGGAUGAGAGGAGAGAUUCUGCCUCCUACAGACCUGAUGAGAGGAGAGAUGGCCCCUCCAAAUCCAAGCCGGAUGAGAAGAGAGAUUCUGCCUCCUACAAGUCUGAUGAGAGGAGAGAUGGCCCCUCCAAAUCCAAGCUGGAUGAGAAGAGAGAUUCUUCCUCCUCCAAAGCAAAGUCUGAUGAGAAGAGAGAUUCUUCCUCCUCCAAAGCCAAGUCUGAUGAGAAGAGAGACUCCUCCUCCAAAUCAAAGACCGAAGAGAAGAGCAAUUCCUCCUCCAAAACAAAGCCCGAGAAGAAGAGUGAUACCUCCUCCCAAACCCAGGGUGCUGAGAGUAAAGAGGACUCCUCCAAGACUUUGAAGGAAGAUGGUGGAUCAGAAGAACAGUCCAUUG